AUGGAGUUCUACGCUAGUUUGCCCGCGGGCUCGGGCGCGGAGCGCGAGUCUGCGACCCCGACGUUGUUUGAGAUUCUAUCUGCCGAUGAGACAGACGAACUGUUGACGCCGUCGCUGCGGUACAUCGUUGCGACUUUGGUCGCGAGGCAUCCGAGCCGGUUCGGGAUCCUUGCGAGUAACUGGUUUGACGAGUGGUUUGUGCUGGCGACGCGGCUGUGCAUAGAGGGCUACCAUCUGCGGCGCUGGAAUGGUGGGUUUAUAGAGCAUUUCUACGGAUUGAAGCGCGUGAACGGGUCAAAUCGGCUGCUGUUGAAAGCUGCACCUUCAGACCGUAGCGUGCGGCUGACCGGCGGGCAGAGUGUCGCCGCUUUGGUGGAGAAAGUCGUGGCGCCGUACUGGGGAGUGAAGUUGGACCUGUGGCACGGUCAAUUGCUGGCGAGAUCUGCAUUUGCAGACCGCGUUUCCGCUUGGCAACGGUGGUUCGUCAAAUGGUACCCGCGCGUCAAGAAAGUGGUGUUUUUAGCCAACCUGGCGGUCAAACUCGCAUUUUUGAGCGGUGCAGUCGGGUCCACAAGCCUGCUCCAGUACUUGUUCAAAAUCGAAUUCGCGCGCCUGUCCCAAAAGGACCUGGAAACCACCACAACGGUGAGGGCCGCUUCACGGGCGUCGCGACGUCCGCAUUUGAAUCGUCCCGCGCUCAAAACAUGGUUGUCGGUCGCGGUGGCGCGGUUUGCAAACGUGUCGCAACAACUCGGGUCGCAAGCGUUCCCGGCGUUCAUUUUCAUGCUACGUGUAUUCCAAUGGUGGAACGCGCAAGACCUUUCGAAUCGGAUCCGCAAAAAAAUGGACGAAUUUGAUAACCCAGUGCCGCCACCGCCGCGCGAUUUGAGUAUCAGAACUGGAACCAUGUGCAGUAUCUGUGAGAAACCGCUGCAAAACCCGGCCGUUAUCGAGACGGGGCUCGUGUUCUGCUACCCGUGUUUGCUGCGGAGAAUCCCGGAAACGGGUGGUCGAUGCCCCACGACGGGCAAACGGCUUCUCAACUGCCGCUAUAACGAGACCACGGGCGCCUGGGUGCUGUCUGGGGUCAGAAAACUGAUAUAUUGA